GAGGGGAACUUAGUAUUUCUGGCUAGCUCUGUGGUAGGCGCUAACGAUCAAAACAGCUCAGGAGGUGGAACUUGUGUCGUGUGAAAAGGAGGCAGUCGGAGACCAGCCCGAAUACAACAGCACUAUAAAGAGUAAUAACUGGAAGUAAGGGUAGGUAGAAUUAAACAGCCACCAUGUCAAGCAAAAAGGCAAAGACCAAGACCACCAAGAAGCGCCCUCAGCGCGCAACAUCCAAUGUAUUUGCCAUGUUUGACCAGUCACAGAUCCAGGAGUUCAAAGAGGCCUUCAAUAUGAUUGAUCAGAACAGAGAUGGUUUCAUCGACAAGGAAGAUUUGCAUGAUAUGCUCGCUUCUCUAGGGAAGAAUCCCACUGAUGCCUAUCUUGAUGCCAUGAUGAAUGAGGCCCCAGGCCCCAUCAACUUCACCAUGUUCCUCACCAUGUUUGGUGAGAAGUUAAAUGGCACCGAUCCUGAAGAUGUCAUCAGAAAUGCUUUUGCUUGCUUUGAUGAAGAAGCAACAGGCACCAUCCAGGAAGAUUACCUGAGAGAGCUGCUGACAACCAUGGGGGACCGGUUCACAGACGAGGAAGUGGACGAGCUGUACAGAGAAGCACCUAUCGACAAAAAGGGGAAUUUCAACUACAUCGAGUUCACGCGCAUCCUUAAACACGGAGCGAAAGACAAAGAUGACUGAAAGAACUUUAGCUAAAACCUUCCAGUUACGUUGUCUUACUCUCUUUUUUAUUUUUCAGACACUCCCCCUGUCCUUAUAGAACCUGUUGCAUGCAACUUAAGUUUCACAGCUUUGCUUUUUUUUUCUUUUUUUGGUGUAUUUAUUCUAGACUUUUCUGCCACCUAGCACUUGUAUAAUCAGACUGGAAAUGGGGAUGAGGUUGUAAAUUGUAUUGAAAAAGAAAUCGUGAAUAAAAAUCAACAAAUGUGAAAGCCCAGGAAAAUAUAUCCGUAUUUCUGGUUUUGCUGGAUUUUUACAUUUUUAUAUAAUAAAAAUGCUAUUUUGAAAUAAAGAUUAUGCUGACUCAAA